AGACAUUGUCCGCCGAUAUAGACCUCAGCGUCUGCCCAUCGCCCAUGGCCACCACUGCCACUGGAAAAUUCGAAGAGUAAGAUGGGGGAGCUGAAGAAUGACGAAAGAACCGAAGCGAACAGGCGAAAGUCGCUGGAGGUUUCGGCGGCGGCGACGCUAACCGUCGAUCGAUCGGCGGGACUGGCCAGAAUCCCAUGCAAAGUCAUCCGCCGAUGGAUGGACUUCGCCUCGCUUCCAAGUUCCUGGGAGGACACGUUGGGUUUUGCUCGUCGCAGGCAACUGCAACUGCCUACAUAGUACUCCGUACAGACUAACACAAAUAAUCCCAGCUUACAAACCGACCCAGUGGAUAGAUACCACGUCGCCUGACCGUUGCUUUUAUCCCACGCGCUGCUGCUCAUCGCCAGCAUGCCCAUUUCAUAUCACUACAGCCUCCACUAACACACCAAAGGCUACCUCAGGCUCUGAAAAGAUGCAUAUUUUCAUCAUUAUACAGCUCCUCGUCACCCUCCUCCUCUCAAACCACGUUCUCGCCGACCGCUCCCCCAAACCACCAAGCAACAAUGCCAUCCUCCUCUCGCGCGUCCACUCUCUCACCCUCCACGGGGGCCGUCUCACCAGCUCCAGACGCGUAUCCCCAAUCCCCCAAUUAAAAUGCACCGGCCCCUCCAAACGCAUCUGCAACAUGUACACGAUCGACACCAUGCGCUGCACAAACGAAGGCUACGGCUACGACGAAGAAGACAUCCAAUGGACCUGCACCGCGGAGCUCCCCCAAGAAUUCAAGCUCGGAUCAACGGACGUCGUGUGCGAGGGCUACCGAAACGCAGACGAUAACUGGGUGUUAAAGGGCAGCUGUGGUGUCGAGUAUCGAUUGCUACUGACCGAGCUGGGAGAGGAGAAGUUCGGACGCGACACGAGUGGUUCCAGCGGGGAGCUGGGCCCCGUGGCUACCUUUAUUUUCUGGGGCAUCAUGGUGCUGGUUUGUGGGGCCAUUGUGAUGGGAAUGCUGGAUAUCUGUUUUGGACGUCAGCAAGGCGAAGGGGCUAAUGCUGGUGGUUAUGGCGGCGGCGGAGGCGACGGCGGUGGUGGUCCUCCUAGGCCUCCGCCUCCGUAUAGCAGCUCGCCGCCUCCCUAUUAUAGUUCUUCGGAUCCUCGUACGUCUGGGUCGGGUUGGAGACCUGGGUUCUGGACGGGUGCUUUGGGUGGUGCCGCGGCAGGCUAUGAGAUGGGGAGGAGAAGCAACCGCAACCGCUCGGGUUCGUCAUGGACAUCGUCUCGGUAUCAGUCGUCUAGAAGAUACGAUGACUCCGGUGAAGGUAGCUCGGGAUUAUCGAGCACUACCACAAGCACCGGGUUUGGUUCAACCAGGCGCAGGUAAUGCCCGGGAAAAGCAGUGUUAUGUAGGCAUGGCACUUGCUCCUCCAAAUUGACUUGGUUAUUAAGGCCUUCGUUCUUUUCGCUGGUCAGGUCGAGAACUAAGGUACAUGUAGUAAGAUCAAGCGUCUCACAUCCCCUGCAGACAUGCUUGCUGCAUAUGCAACACGCAGAGGGGACAACAACAUUAUCAUCAUCAUCACU